CAUCAACAUUGUCCUUCUACUCUUUGAGUGGCUCAGCAGUCAUUUUCUGUAUUCUGGGCAGAAGAACCUGUAAUUAUGUCAUUGACAGGAGAGGUGUGUGUGGUAACAGGAGCAUGUGGCUUUCUUGGAGGAAAGCUUGUUAAGCUUCUACUGGAAGAGGAGAAUCUUGCAGAGAUUCGACUGUUAGACCAAUGUAUUCGACCUGAACUCAUAGAGUCACUAGAAGAUUGCCAAGGUGAGACAAAACUAAGUACGUUUGAAGGUGACAUAAGGGACAGUGAGCUGCUGAAGAAAGUGUGUAAAGGAGCAUCUGUAAUGUUCCACACUGCCUCUCUCAUUGAUGUCACUGGAGUUAUUACCUACAGUGAACUGUAUGAGGUAAAUGUGAAAGGUACCAAAUUGCUUCUAGAGGCUUGUAUCCAGGAGAAUGUUGCUUCCUUCAUAUACACCAGCAGCAUUGAGGUUGCAGGUCCAAAUCAUCGUGGUGACCCUGUUAUCAAUGGCCAUGAGGACACUGUGUACUACUCUUACUUGAAGUUUUCCUACAGCCAGACCAAAAAGGAAGCUGAACAGCUUUGCCUUAGUGCCCAAGGUGAAAUACUUCCAAAUGGCGGGCGUCUGGCUACCUGUGCUCUUCGGCCAAUGUACAUAUAUGGAGAAGGUUGCCGGUUUACUUUAGGCCAUAUGAGAGACGGAAUCCAAAAUGGCGAUGUGUUACUAAGGAAUUCACGACAUGAUGCUAAAGUCAAUCCUGUGUACGUGGGAAAUGUGACACUUGCACAUCUGCAGGCUGCACGAGCUCUGAGGGAACCACAGACGAGAGCUGUGGUUGGUGGAAAUUUUUAUUACAUCUCUGAUGAUACUCCACCUGUCAGCUAUUCUGACUUUAACCAUGCUGUUCUGGCACCACUUGGGUUUGGCAUACAAGAAAGACCCUUCCUACCUUUCCCCAUUCUGUACCUCAUCUGCUUCCUCAUGGAGGCUAUGCAAGUCAUUCUCCGUCCAUUUCUACACUUUACCCCACCACUGAAUAGGCAGCUUUUGAUAAUGCUUAACACACCUUUUACCUUCUCUUACCAAAAGGCACACAGAGAUCUGGGAUACACCCCUCGUUUUAACUGGGAAGAGGCACGUAAACGGACUACUGACUGGCUAGCAUCUGUCUUGCCCAGAGAAAGACAAAAAGUCAAUUUGAAAUAAAAGUCCACAAUAGUGUGCUUUUAUAUUUUGCUCAGUUUCAAAUUGACUUGGCUACUUUAAAUAGUUUAAUUUCUUUCCCAUAAACAGGCAACUGCAUAUAAAAUAUAUUUAAAAGCCACAUGCAAAAAUAAAAAUAAUAAGAAGCUUUCAAAUGUGAAGUUUUCAAAAUAAUAAUAAUUGUUGUAUUAGGCUAUUUAUAACAAUACUUUUUAAAGAAAAUAAUUAUUUUGGUCAUGUCAAUAAACUGUUAAUUAACCUACACAACACCAUUUUUUU